CUUUGGCUGUUUCCGAAGGAGAUUCGGGUAUCUCCGGCUGAACCUGCAUCUACUGAAUGGUCCCAGGGUAGUCAUGAACCAGGCCCCGGACCCCAGUGGCCCCGAACAGCCUGAGAGAGAUGCCCGAGGCUCGGCUCAUUUCCCGCCGACUGCCGACAGCGGUCUCGUCAGGGGGAUGCCUCAGACGCCCAACCUGCCCCAACUCGUGCAAAAUGCUGCCAAACUUCUGGACAAGAAUAUAUUUACUGUCAACACCGCAAAUCCACUGCUUCCUUCUUCUGCAAGUCUUCAGCUGGCUCAGCUUCAAGCACAGCUUACACUACAUAGAUUAAAAUUGGCUCAGACAGCAGUCAACAACAACACAGCAGCUGCAACUGUCCUGAACCAGGUUCUUUCUAAAGUGGCCAUGUCUCAGCCACUUUUCAACCAAUUAAGACACCCUUCCAUGUUUAAUACCCUUCCAGGACAUGCUGGUGGUCCUGGGGCCACCAAUACUAGAUUUCCACCUGGUGGAAUACAUUUUCCAACACAGAACCCACCUUUGGCAGCCCAAGGUGGAACCCUGGCAUCAGUAAGUAACCUUUCAAAUCAAAAUGUUAGUACUGUAGUCCUAAACCCUUUUGGGGGUGUAAUUUCUCAAACUGCUGGACAACAAGCUGUAUCUAUGGGUCUAAAUAAAACUAGUGCCUCCUCUACUACAGGUGGAUUUUAUGAUUACAAUAAACAGAUAUUCCCCUCUGAUGCUGGUCAAUGCGGUCAACAGAGCUUUAUAACCAGUGGUUCUCAUCCAGUCCCAGUGUCAUCUGGAAAUGGAAUGUCUGAAGGCCAACUGGGAUUUCAGAAAGAGUUUUAUGGAACUGUGUCUAAAGGCCAGCAUACAACCUGUACACAGUCUUUGACAUUUGCUGCUGACUCUCAAAAUUCUCAUCAGAAUCAAAAGGGAAAGAUGGGUUCUAUAGUACAUGAAAGAGAAACGAAUAAUCAAUGGGAAAAUCCUUCUACUUUCUCUAGUCAAAAUAAAAUUGACAUGCCCAGUGCAAAUAUGUGGCCAUCAACAAAUGUCCCUUAUGAAGUAAGGAGUGAUCUCUAUAACCCCGAGGAACCAACACCAGACACAAAAUUUAGUGCUGGUUCUCCACGUUUUUUCAGCAGAACUAAAAAUGGUAAACAGAAUUAUAGUAAUUCACAAACAAGACAAAAGCAGGAACCUGUUACCUCUGGAUUGCCAGUGAGGCCUCUUCAGUCCGAUGAAUUAAACGACUUUCAUAGUAUUGUACCUCUUUGCUUCCCUCACAUUUGUACCUUAUGCAGUAAGAAGGUAUUUGACCUUAAGGACUGGGAUCAGCACAUUAAAGGAAAUCUUCAUGUUCAGAAUUGCUUGACUUUCUCAGAGAACACUGAUAUUCAUUGUAUGUUGCAUUCAGCAGCAGAAGGAGUAUUGCAUUCUUCCUCCCCAAAUAAUAAAACUGUGUUUAAUCUGUCUAGUACUGAAGAUUACCCUUUAAAUGCUGAGUCUUAUAAUUCUGCAUCUUCAUUUGGCCAGUCAAGUUCGUCAUUCUCUUACGUACCACUAGGUGGAAAUGUUCUACAAAGGAAAUGUGUCCCAGGUCGUGUAGUACACAUCUGUAAUCUUCCUGAAGGAAGUUGUACAGAGAAUGAUGUAAUCAACCUUGGACUUCCCUUCGGAAAAGUCACUAAUUAUAUUCUCAUGAAAUCUACCAAUCAGGCUUUUUUAGAGAUGGCCUAUACCGAAGCAGCUCAGGCUAUGGUAGAAUAUUAUAAAGAGAAACCUGCAAUGAUAAAUGAUGAUAAGUUACUCAUAAGAAUGUCUAAAAGAUACAAAGAGCUUCAACUAAAGAAACCAGGAAAGAAUGUGGCAACAAUAAUCCAAAAUAUCCAUUCUCAAAGAGAAAGAGAUAUGUUGAGAGAAGGAGACAGAUAUGGAUUGGAAAGGCCUCGUUCCCGCAGCCCCAUAAACUGCUCACUUUCCCCAAGAUCACGGACCCCAAGCUUCACUUCCUGUAGUUCCCCCCGUAGCCCAUUAAGCACAAACCGAACAGAGUGGGGAAAUGGAAGAGAGCCAUGGGAUCAGUUUCCUUAUUCUCAGAGAGAGGAAGAUAAAGAAUUAUUGCCUUGGAGAGAGAAUGUGGAAGAGAAAAGAGAUAGGAGUGACAUGUGGACUCAUGAAAGAAAACAUUAUUUACGGCACCUGGACUUGGAAGAGCACGUUGAAGCAACCCGAGGGCACAAAGAAAAAUAUUUAAGAGGGGGUUCACCCAGUGCAAAAGGGGCUUAUCUUUUGCCUGCGUAUAAGAUGAGAGAAGAAGAUAGUUACAGAAAAUCAUCUAAGCAAAAGUCUGAUAAAUAUCAAAAUCAAACACUGGAUGUUGCUUUGAAGGGCAAAAGAAAGGAAGAGACAAGAUCGAGAGAACAUAAACAUUCUCAUUGUGAAGACACAGCUAAGGAGGAAAUGUCAGAACAAAAGUCCAUCAUGAUGCCUGACACUAUCAGGCAAAAGCAAAGCGAUAAAGACAAAUUAAAAGACAAUGCUAAAAAGGCAGAGGACAUGACACCUGGUAUAGCCGAAAGAAAUAAUGUAAAGAAAGGAAAAGGUAUAGCCGAAAGAAAUAAUGUAAAGAAAGGAAAAGAAAAUGGAAAUGAAAAUGAGGACUGGGAGAGCGGAAGUGACAUGGAAGCGGAAACUUGGUAUCCAACCAAUAUGGAAGAGCUUGUAACUGUUGAUGAGGUAGGAGAGGAUGAUCUUAUUAUGGAACCCGAUAUAACUGAACUUGAAGAAAUAGUAACUGUAGGUCAGGAAGAGGAAGAAUGUUCCCUAAGGAGUACCUUAGCUGCUGGAUUGGAAGUAAAGAAUGAACACGGUUUAUUAAGUACAAAGGAAGACAAAUCUGAUAUAUUGGAAGCCAGCAUAGAAUCAGAGAAAGAAAAUGCAGAUGUAAGUGGCUCUGAAUGUGAUAAUACAGUGACUAAAGCAACCCAUCUAAACUCUGAUACUGAUGAUAAACCAGAUGAAUUGCAUGAAAUUAGAUCUGAAGAGCAUUCAGAUCAGCAUGAUAAUGACAGAAAAAUAGAUGAAAGUUCUAAUUUUCAGUUAAAACUGGAGACGCAGUACAUAUCUUCAGAUCCUUCAAAGGAAGAACCCUUCCAGCAGAGUGAAACACUUGUAGAUGAUUAUAAAGAGAUAGAAACUCUGGAAAUCAGGAAUAAUGAAGAUAAGGAUAUCUUAGCAAAAAAAUCUCAAGAAGAAAGAAACCAUGGAAGUGAGGAAAAGCCAAAGACUCAAGCAAAUUGUAGGUAUACAGAAACAAAAACUCCUGAUCUCCCAGAAGUUGAAUCAAAAAAGUUGUAUUUUUCACCAUCGUGGGAACAAGAUGAUGUAUUUACGGAGCUCAACAUUCCACUAGGUGUGGAAUUUGUUGUUCCCAGAACUGGCUACUACUGCAAACUUUGUGGACUUUUCUACACAAAUGAAGAUGCAGCAAAAAUUCAUCAUUGUAGAAGUACUGUUCACUAUAAAAAUCUGCAGAAAUACCUAUCACAGCUUGCAGAAGAGAAUCUGAAGAUGAAUGAAAAAGAAAACAGCUCAGCCCAAGAUGAUACUGGAAUUGUCCCUCACUUCGAGGAGAAAAGGCUAUGAUUUUUUUUUUUAUAAUCAGCCUUUAUUAAGCUUUCAAUAACUCUGACAAAUGCUUGGAUUGGCUGUGUCCAGACUACGUGCGCAAAAGAACUCUGGACUGGAGUUUAAACUUCAACGUGAAAUCAUAAUCAACUCUAAUUAAAUGCUAGCUUUUGUGUGUCAGCUGGAGUGAUGAUAGCUGUGAUUUAUGUAGAAGUGGGCUGAUGUGGUAUAAUUUUUCUCUUGAUUUUAGACUGGAGGCAAACAUCUGGAUGAUUUCAUGUUCUGUUUCAACCUUCCUGUAUUUACCACCAAUUUUAAAUAGGGAAAAACAAUUUACUGGCAGAAUGUUUUACUUAUAGCCGGUGCUUUUUUUCUAAAAAAAAAAAAAAAAAAAAGGUGCCGGAACUCUCAUCUUGUUAAUCUUUUAUUUAUAUAAUUUUAUUUAUAUAUUUAUUUAUACAAUUUAACAUAAAUUAUAUUUUAAUAAAGUAGAUGCAAAAGUAACAUUAGAUAAAUAGCACUGGAGCCGUCACCAAAAGCACCCUAAAAAUUACUUGUAGGAGGAGGAAAAUCAAAUCUCAGUAAUAUUGUUAAUUGUUUUUGUAGAAAGCUCGAAUCACACUGUUGUUACUUCCAAAGAAAUUCAUCAUUUGAAUUAUGUUCUUGUCCCAAAGGUUAAAGGCUUUAAAGCAUUACUAGAAGACAAUUCCAUUUUUUCUGUUUUAAAUUUAGCAUUUCUGAAGGGUCCUUGGUGCUCUCUGAGCUUGUUUGUUUUCUUGGAGACCUUUCAUUACCCAAACUAGGUAACAUCAUCAGCAUCUCUGUUGUGAAUGGUCUGCCCCCUACUGGUUAGUUCAUUUAUUACAGGAACAGUAUACAAAUUUUAAUUUUUCUUUGAACAUAUAUAAAAAAUAUCAGUAAUGUAUUGUUUUACACAGCCCAGUAAUUAAAUUACCAUUUUAAAUAACUCAGUCAGUGCCAAUUUAUAAUAAAUUGCUACAUAUUCAGUAAAGGAUUACUGAUUUAGAGACUGAUGCUCAUUAUAUGCAGGUAUGCAUUAAAUUGUGUACAGUCAAACAUUUAAUAUUUCUGUAUUCUGGGUUUUAGAUUUGUGGAAAUUGUUUGUUCCCCUUUUGUAUCUUUUUUAAAGGUAAACAUUUUGAAAUGAUUGUGCAUAUUGUAAGCAUUUCAAACUUUUGUAUAGUUUUAAAUUUUAAUACCAUAUUGCUACCCAAACCACCUUUAUAUUUAAUCAGUUGUACUGUUACAUAUAGUUAAUGUGGAUAUUGUCAUACCUUUUUAUCAUUUUCCUGUUUUAUCACAUUAAAAAACACACUUUGUC